AUGGUCGUGCAAACUAAGUUAUGUCAAUCAUCUGAAAAUGUAGAGCUAGCUGAGACACAAGAAAGCUCUAAUUCUGUGGAUGUUAUCAUGAAGGAUUUUGUUGACAAAUUUUUCCAACCAGCUAUCGAAAAUAUCAAAGAAAAUACUGAUGAGAAAAUUGAGGAACAGCAGAUUAAGAAGAUUUGCAGGAACUUAUUAGAAGAUUGUGCAAGAACUCAAUACUCUAAUGACACAACUCCAUCAAUAUUAAAAUCUUCAAUUAAAACAGAUUCUGAUGCAAAUGAUGAAACUGACAGUGGAACAAGCUUACUUCAUCAAGCAUUAAAAAGAAAAAGAACAGAAUCGGAAGCAGAAAAUUUAUACAAAAGACAGUUCUUCAUAACAACUGCCACAAAUAAUUUUAUCAACACUCCAGUCGCAUCAACUGUAACUACACAGCAGAAACCAACAGCAUCUUUGUUGACUUCAGCAUUAACAUCUCCACCUAAAGCUAUGAGGCACACGAACAAUCCUUCUCGUCCAAUAUUCCAUUUAAUACCAGCUAAUAGAAAUUUGAAAUCUACACAUGUGGAGCUGUUAAAUCUUUUGAAACAAAAUUCAUCACUGCCAGCAAUUAAAACGGAACCUUCUAAAAUCAUUGUAACAUCAUCUACAUCUACAACAACAUCGGACAUGAUUCAAACGCCGAUAAUAGAGAGAAAAAUGGAAGACUUAAAUCUCGAAAUAUCACAGGAAGUACUAGAUACAAUAAUUGUCCAAAGAUCACCAGAUGAGCUGGAGGAUUUAAUGCAGGCUAGCGAAGGAAAUGAGCGAACGCUUCGGCGUAAAAGAAGUAAAUCAGAAGACGCUAUGCAUUCCAUAAAUAAUAAAGUGAUUAAGAAAAGAAAACUAAGCUCAAGUACUAUAGAAUUUAAGACUGAGAAGGAUGUCAAGAAAUUUUAUCUCAAUAUCAAUAAGAAUGUAAAAGUAAAGCCUACAUUACUGGAAACAAUUUUCGAGAAAGACGAGUCGCUAGAGGAAGAGACAUUUAGAAAAGACUUAGGACGUGCAACAAAGCGUACAAUAAAUGUUUGUGAUGGUUUUAAUAUCAAUAAGUCGCUCAUUAAAAAGCGUAAAAACCUUAUCAAGAAGAAUUGGGGAAGUCGAAAGAAGCCACGGAAAGUGGCAUUGAAAAAAUUCAAAGAGGAAUUCCAAAAGAAGAUGGAAUUAGUAAGCAUGUCGUCGGAUUAAGUUGUACAUGAACAGGAUCGUAUAGAAAUGUAUGGAUGGGAAGGAUGGAAUGGGAAACACGCCAAAAUGAUAUUUAUUUAAAUGUCAUGCAAAGGUAAUAUUUUCUCUCUUAUGCUCUCUUAAAAAGGCGCAAAAUUAUCAUUUCAUUUCUCGUUCUUGUCUUCAUUCAUGUCAACGUUGACGACGACUGUUAAUUUAAAACUACAUAAAGGUGGUGUAGCUGAUGAAAAUGUUCCUUUUAAUAUUUCUUCUUUUCCUUCUUUUUCUCUUUAAAAAAAUGUAUACGAAGCGCACUUUCAAAUUAUC